AUGCCAACGCACGACCAAAAUCCAGGCAAGAAAGCGUACUCCGGAUUUGGAAAUCUGAUGCUCGAAAAGAUGGGGUGGAAACACGGAGACGCGUUGGGCGCGAACCCGUCGAAAGGCUUGAAAGAAGCCAUCUCUGUGGAUAUGAAAAACGAUCGAGAAGGCGUCGGGAAAGAGAAAAAGGAGAGGUAUAACUGGGAGGAGAAGUGGUGGGAAGGGCACUUUAAAUCCGCGGCGGAGAAAUUCGCGCUGGCAGUCGUCGAAGGAGGAGGUAAAGGAGGAGGAAAAGACGACGACGACGAGAGGAAGGGAAAAGGGAACACAUCGAAUUCGUCGUCGUCGUCGUCGGAGAGCGAAGAUGAGUUCGAACGAAACGUUCGCGAAAUAACCUCUGGUAAUAAUGUUUUGACGACGAAAGAAGAAGAACUUAAAGAAGAAAAAGGCGACGACGGCGUGAAAUACAACGGGUGCCAGAAAGAGCUCGAAGUCGCGAGGGAAAUUGCGAGAGAACAGAGUUCGUUUCGAGGAAGGAAAGGAAAGUUGAAACGCAUCGCCGGUUUCGAAGAAGCGCAGAUGAACGCUUUGUUGAAGAAACGCGGUUUUAGCCGAGAAGAGACGAUCAUGAACACGAAUUUAGAGAUUAGGGAAAUUAGAAAAGCGGAGGAGAAAGACGACGACGAUGAAGAACGAAAAGAACGAGAAGAGAACACGAAGAAGAAGAGACGAAAGAAUUUUGAAGAGAAGAAGAAAGGCGGCGAGGCGUACGAAGGAAAACCGUCGGAAACGACGGAAAAAUUUUCGUGGUGGCGCAACGCCGGAUUUUCCUGGGGCGGUUUAGUCGGGAGUAAACGAGAGUUAGAUCGAGACGUCGAUAUCAACGAGGAUAAUCACAAAGAGAAUAAUGAGAAUGGGUUCACGGAGGAUAAGCAGGAGGAUAUAUUCAACCAGGCGCACCAAAUGGCCUCGGCGAAAGGGUCGAGACGCGGUUUAGGCGAUAAGGCCAAGCUUGGGAAGGAGUUUACGGGGACCAAGAGAAGUUUCGACGAGGACGAAGAAAAAGAAGACUUUGAGAAGAAAAAGAGGAAGGAGGAGAAGAAGAUGAAGAAGAAGAAAGAGAAGAAGAAAGAGAAGAACAAGAGUAAAACGAGAGACGAGGACAAUGUCGGGGAAAAGAAGAAGUCCUCGUCCAAGAAGAAGAAAUCCAAGAAGACAAAGUAA